GCGACUUCUCCUUUCACAAUAACACUAUCCUGGCAAUAUUCCCGAGUUCCUCAGUCAAAAUGGAUCGGAAUUUGGAUAUUAUUUCAACGAUUCAUGAUUUCCGAAACUGCUGCCGAUUAUGUUUCGAACGAGGUCCUCAACUGGAAAAUCUUUUCGCUUCGUCCCAUGAGCCAAAUCUAACAGGGAAGAUAGCUGACUGUCUUGGCGUUUUGAUUUCACAGGAAGAUUUUCCCGCAACAUCGAUCUGUGUCCGAUGCCUAACGUUGGUGGAACAGUUCUACGAUUUCAAACAACUCUGCAAGAUGCAUGACCACACAUUCCAAACCACCAUCCGGACGGAUAGUUCCGAAGAGUUAUUGCAACAGCACCCAACUCAAGUCCACAUCAAGUCAGAAGUGCUGGACGAUUUUGAUCAAUCGAUUCAGUUAGCACCCCUGGAUAUUACCAGUGAUAUCAUAAAGCAAGAAAUUACUCCGACGGACGAUACUGCAGGAACAGAUUUAGAAUCUUGUGAUGCAUUAGGGCCAAUUGAUGACGAACGGGAUAAGACACGGACACCAGGUCAAUCGUCCCAAAAUAUAUCAGUCCGGUUGAUGUACAACGGCUAUCUAAUGAAAUGCAAUGGAAUAAAACUAAAUGGCGUUAUGCAAUGGGUCUGCCGCAACAGCGCCUGCCGAUUGAGCUUUAGCAGCACGGUUGAUUGGCAAAUUACGCUACAUAUGAAUAAGGUUCAUAAUCAUUAUCCGUAUGUUGAGAGGAAAGGGAUGAUUCGAUGCGUUAAUAGUGGAUUCGAGGAACGAUAUGCUGUGAGUACGAUUACCGGAAAAACUGUGCUAAUCUGGGAUGGUCACGAGUGGAUCAUAAGCGACAAGAACAAGGCUGGCAAACGGAGAGCUAGCUGCAAGGAACACAGAGCCAAAUGUAGGAAAUAUUUGACGAUUACGGAGGAUUUCUACAGUUUGGAACAUUUUGGCGAGCAUAACCACCCGAACCAUUUUAUUAUAUUUAGGGAGGAGGAAAAUCCCGCGGAGAAUGAUCUGAAUCCUUGGGAUCUUUUUAGUCAAAUUAAUCCCUGCAGAUUGCCCAUCGGAAACGAUUGGGAUUCGAACCGACGGGUAAAGCUGUUCCAUAAUAGGUAUCAAUACAGACUAUUGGACUGCUCAUGGAGCGGAAUCAGUCGAUGGCUUUGUGAUACGGUGAACUGCCCGAUUAUGGCCACCAUGAAUGGAUUGGGGAUGGUCCAGUUGGCGGAGCACAAUCACGAACCGCUAGCGUCCGGCCUGUUCAAUGGACUGUACUACUGUGUCGUCAAGGCAAAUAUGAAAUGCCUAAAACUGUUCUUCAACGGUCAUUGCUAUGGCAGUAGAGAUUCGGAUCACUGGGUUUGCACUAUGACUGCCUGCUACGCAAAAUUGUUCGUGGGAAGCAACUAUGAAACAUUUGCCGAGAAAGGAAUUCACACCCACCAAGCAUACAGUGCUGUUGUCAAGCCGAUGGAUAAAGAGGCUAUUCACUUAACCCCACAGAGUCCAUUCCUUCCACCAUCGAUUACGAUUGACGAUUUGCAAGAAAGUGCAUCAUCUUCAUCAACCGCUGUCAGCAUUGACUCGACCCCUUCCAAGGCAGUCCCAGAAAAGUCACCCAAAAAAAUAACAAAGAAACCUACACAGGCCGACGAACCAGAAUCUACUGCCGGAAGCAUUAGAAUGUUUUUCGAUGGCUUCCGGUACACGUUGUGGGAGAUUUUCCCAGAUGGCACCACCUACUGGCGCUGCUGGGGAAUGCGUUGCAACAAGUCCCUUCACAUGGCCCCGACAGGAUCGAUUUAUUUCAAAAAUGAAAGCUUGGAACACCAGCAUGGACCUCAGGUGUCCAAUGUAGAUCAGAUAACCCAUGAAAACGGUCAAACGGAAAGAUAUGCCAUUUUCAAGGACACUACAUUUAACACUAUCAUAGUCUAUCGCAAUGCACUGUGGAAUUUGGUCCUUGGAGAGGCAAGCUACAUCGCAACCUGCAGAGAGCUUCGAUGUGAGGCCAAAAUUAGGAUCACAGACAAUUUUUCACACUUUGAGCAUAUCGGAGAAUGUGGCAAUCACGGUGACAAAUUGUUACUGAUUAGAACCGCUGCGGAACUCGUUGAAGGUGAUCUCAAUAUCUGGGAACUUUUUAAGCAAAAGUAUCCCUUGCGAUUGGUGGAUGGCACCAUCCACAACGGAGGACGACACUCGCAAAUGUUCAUCGGAGGCUACCGGUACACCAUGCAAGCAUUGAACUGGAGUGGGAGCUCGCUUUGGCGAUGCGCUCUGCAGAAGUGUCCAGCCAAGAGUCGAAUCAUUGAAUCCAUUGGCACGUUCCCGACGCCAUCCCAUAACCAUAAUCACGAGAAGCAAGAACUACUGCAAGGUAAAAUAUGGAGCCAAGCACGUCAGCAGGAAGAGCGCUACUUUGUGAUCAUAACGCUGAAGAAGACCACGGCUACCAUGUACUACAAUACCUACUGCUAUUCUCUGAAGGACAAACAGCGCAACGCUUGGACCUGCUUUCAUACGCAGUGCAAUGCCUCGCUGCGAAUCGAAGGCGAUUUCGAAUGGGUUGUAGACGAGAUGGUGCACACCCACGCAGGAACGCUUACCUUCGCCAGGGAUGACGAGUCGGCCGAGUCUCAGGAAUGCUAUGCUCCUGCACCGGGGUCUUCCAGGAAACGUUCGCGAGAGGAUGCCGAUGAUUCCCUUGCCGACGUGAAACCUUUGAAACUACCCUGCCUAACCGCUGCCUCAUCAUCUACAUCCAAUCUCAGUCCUAAACUGGAAGCCAUUCUCAAUACGCUGGUAAAAGUGGUUCCAAAAAGCGAGCAAAAUUCUCAGCAGCAAAACACCUACCACUACCACGGAGGCUACACCUACAACCGUUUAACAGUACAAGCCGACGGGAACACCAAGCUGGAAUGCAACAAACUCCGGUGUCCUGGACGAAUCAUCCUUGCGCCCGAUCGAACCGUACUCUCCCAAGACAAUCACACCCAUUCCAAGACAUUCGACACCAUCGGUGGUAUCAAGGACGCGCAAGGUCAGUAUUACCGGUAUAUUCUGGUCAGCGGAACGCAAAAGCGAACCGUAACCUACUUCGUUUGCGAUGGAUUCCGAUAUCACGUUCAAAUGAAAGCACCCGAUGUGGACGCCGAAGUGAUCUGGCAAUGUGUCAAAUGCGACGUCAAGGUUACUGUAACCGAUUCCUACUCCUACAUUGCCCUGAGUUCACCACACAAUCAUGAACCAUGUGAUAUCAUUAUUUCGAGUGACGAAAAUACCGAAUCGAAUCUCGAAGCCAACAAUACCUUCGAACUGGACGAGGUCAUCUGGGGACAGCACCGGUACAACAACCCCAUCUACAUUCGCCGUAUGAAGCAAACUAAAUGGAAAUGCUACCGUCAGAAAGAAUGCAAAGCAUAUGUCUAUCGCAAUCAGGAUGGGUGUUUUAAACAAAUGGAGCAACAUAAUCACGAAGGCCCGAUCGAGCUCUGCGGAGAGGCUGGAUUCGAUCGGACACUGAAAAUGAAGGAUCGAUUUGCCAUCAUGAAACAUUACGGCAAAUCCAAGUUUCGACAUAUGGUGUUCCAGAAUCAAGUUUACGUCGAAGGCAAUUCCUAUUGUUGGAACUGUGUAAGAUAUUCCUGCAACGCAAAACUAAGUGUCGACGCAAGUUGUCAUCUCUUUCAACUUGUAGGAGAACAUUCUCAUCAACCGAUAAUGAUGGUUAUCAAAUUCCAAGACGAAGUUCAAAGUCGUUUGUGAAUUAAAUCGAUGUGAUUUACCACUAA